CGUGACGUAAUGCGACCCGGCACUCGUGAACGUGCAGCACAAAAACUAAACACCUCUUAAGACAUGGCAGUGACAGCUGAUCACAUCCGGGAUACGCUGAUUAAAGAGCUCGCGGCUGUGCAUGUGGACGUUGAGGACACCUCCCCAAACAGAUGUGCAACCAGUUUCAAAGUCCUGGUGGUGUCGCCCCAGUUUGAGGGGAAGCCACUGUUACAGAGACACAGGAUGGUGAAUGCUUGUCUUGCUGAGGAGAUGAAAGAAAUCCACGCUUUCGAACAGAAGACCCUCACACCGGAACAGUGGGAGAAGCAGAAGCAACAGUGACGCAUGCGUGCACCGUAUCACGUUCCCAUCUUUUUGUUUCUCCUCAAAUAAAACUGGUUUUAACACGUUUUUC